AACCGGCUUUCCUGCAAAGGGACAGACGUGUUCGUAGUCCUCUAACUCACACUGAAUACAGGGGAAUAUAGUGAAUAUAACUGUCUUCACGCCGCUUUGUGCUGCAGUGCUUGUGAAUCGGACUGAAAAAAAUGAUAAACAACGGGCAUCAUGUGAGCUGCGUUCCGGCCGCCGCUGCCUGCAGUCCGGAGAAGAGGAGGAGUACUGUCCGCGUCUGGUGCGAUGGAUGUUAUGACAUGGUCCAUUAUGGUCAUUCCAAUCAGCUUCGACAAGCCAAGGCUAUGGGAGACUACCUCAUUGUUGGAGUGCACACUGACGAUGAGAUCUCUAAGCACAAAGGUCCUCCAGUGUUCACUCAAGCAGAGAGAUAUAAGAUGGUGCGAGCCAUCAAAUGGGUGGAUGAGAUUGUGGAAGGGGCUCCAUACGUAACCACGCUUGAGACUCUGGACAAAUACUGCUGUGAUUUCUGUGUUCAUGGAGAUGAUAUAACACUCACCGUGGAUGGAAAAGACACGUAUGAAGAAGUGAAAAAGUCGGGUAGGUACAGAGAGUGUAAAAGAACGCAGGGUGUGUCCACUACAGACCUGGUCGGCCGCAUGCUGCUCAUGACUAAAGCUCAUCACAGCAACAUGGGCAGGUCAGACUAUCAGCAACACACAGACAACUUUGGAAGAGGUCCAAAGGGCCACAGUCCCUGGACGGGAGUGUCACAGUUUCUGCAGACGUCCCAAAAAAUAAUUCAGUUUGCCUCAGGGGAGGAGCCACAGCCUGGAGACACCAUCAUCUAUGUGGCUGGAGCUUUUGACCUAUUCCACAUUGGUCAUGUGGAUUUCCUGGAGGCAGUGUCUAAGCUUUCAGACAAGCCAUAUGUUAUUGUGGGGUUACACUUCGAUCAGGAGGUGAAUCGUUACAAAGGGAAAAACUAUCCCAUCAUGAACAUCCAUGAAAGAACACUGAGUGUGCUGGCUUGUCGAUAUGUUUCCGAGGUUGUGAUUGGGGCACCAUAUGCAGUUACUAAAGACUUACUGGACAAUUUUAAGGUGGAUCUGGUGUGCCACGGGAAAACAGAAGUGUUUCUAGACAGAGAUGGAUCAGACCCUUAUGCCGUGCCUAGGAGAAUGGGGAUAUUGCGGACAGUGGACAGUGGAAACAGUCUCACCACUGACGACAUUGUACAGAGGAUCAUCAAAAACAGGUUGCUGUUUGAGGAGAGGAACCUUAAAAAAGAGGCUAAAGAGAUGGCAAUGAUACAGGCCAUGAAGAGACGAGAAGAGGAGAAGGCAAAAGAGAGAGCACAGACAGUGCUGUAGAAACAAAUACAGCAACAGACACUAAUAAAACCCAAUACAUAUCCACAUAGUGGACUCAUAUACUGUUUGUCAGAACCACCAGCAGCAAUCAGAGGAUCUUCUACUGCUGUUGAAUAUGAAUUAGCAUGUGUUUUGGGAGAUGUGUGUCCAUUUAAUAAUCUUCUGAUUUUAUGAACCUCUUCGAUUCCCCACAAUCACCAUCUGAAGGACAAACUGAAGAGUGGAGACAUGCUUCUCUGUGGUACUUCCAUUAACUCUUGAUACAGCUUGGACCACUUCAUCAGUACCUUUUCAAAGUAGAGGACCAUUCCCCUCAGAUCUACCCACUGAGGGUUUUGAAGGAGCAAGGGUUGGGUAUGUGUGCUAGACUUUGCUGUGUGCAGGAUAUUGUUACCUCGAUGACCUAGGUCAGUGAUUCCCAACCAGGGGUAUGUGCACCAGGGGGUACUGUACGUAAGCAGGUUCCAGGGGUUACGAAAAAAAAAUUCCUAAGAUCGUUUUUGUAAUAUAUGAAGUUUAGCAGCAAGAUUAGAUAGAAUGGUAUGCAAAAAAUUUUUUGGGGGAGGGGACAUGUCCCCCUCAAUGUCUGUGGUGGUUCUGGCCCUGCUGUAAUACAGUAAGUGUCCUGAGAUAUCUCAUCUGUCUCAGUGACAGC